AUGGAAGAGAUCGAGCCUCCCUUCACCUCGGUAAUCAUGAGCGAGGUGAUGCUACAGAGGUUUCGGAUACCUCCCGUCAUCCAAUACUCCAGGUCUGGUGACCCAUCUGAGCACGUGAAAGGUUAUCGUUCGUGUAUGCAAAUCCAGAUAGCAACGAACGCGAUGAUGUGCAGAGGGUUCUCGAUCACACUCACAGGAUCCGCUCGGAGUUGGUACAGUCAACUCAAGCCCAAUUCCAUUGGUUCCUUCGCGGAGCUUAGCCGAUUAUUCCUUACCCAGUUCAUAAGUGGUAAGAAGAGUCGGAAGCUAAAUACUCACCUGUUCACCAGCAAACAAGAGCCUAAGGAGUCACUAAAAGACUACAUCGCUCGCUUCAAUGAGGAAGCGUUACAAGUGGAGGACUACGAUGACAAGAUGGCACUCUCCACCGUGUUUAGGGGUCUGAAAGAGGGAAGGUUCACCUUCUCUAUUAGGAAGAAUCCGCCAAAGACGUUAGCUGACCUCAUCACCAGAGCUCGGAAGAAUACUAACACCGAGGAAUUCUCCAAUGCCUGUAAGAAUGUUCAAGUGACAGAGCCGACUAACAAGGGGAAGAGGCCAAGGAACAAAGAAUCCCAGCUAUCCAGCAAGGGACCAAAUGACCGCACCCCUCACGAUUGUCGCUCGAGCAGAAAAUCGGAGGAAAAAUUCUAUUCCUACACUCUCCUCAACACAUCUACCGAGCAGAUUUUGUUGGACAUCAAAGGACACAAGCUUCUAAAUUGGCCAGUGUAUAUGAAGGUCGACCCCGAUCAUUGA